AUGAAGUUUGGAUCAUGGACAUUUCAUGGAGAAGCUAUUGAUUUACAAAUUGAUAAUGAUGAAAAUGGAAGUCAGUUUUUAUUUCUGAAAAACUCACACUUUCUUUAUUUCUGGUUUUUUUUCAGAUCAAACUAUGGAUUUAUCAACAUAUUUAGUUAAUGGAGAAUGGCAAAUCAUUUCAACUCAUGCUGUUCGACGUGUUAGUUAUUAUAAAUGUUGUGUAGAACCUUAUCCAACUGUCAAUUAUUAUUUACAUAUUCGAAGAAGAACAUUGUAUUACGGUAGGUUUUAUGAAAUGGGAAGAGAAUAGAUGUAUCUAUGUGGAAGAUCAAUUUUUUUUAUUUCUAGUACUUUAAAAUUGCAUGAAAUAUAAAAUAUUUCAGGUUUCAAUUUGAUAAUUCCUUCAUUGCUUAUUUCAUUGAUGGCAAUUCUUGGUUUUAUGUUUCCUCCAGAUGCCGGAGAAAAAAUAACACUAGAAGUUACAAUUCUUCUAGCAAUUGUGUUUUUUCUGAGUAUGGUUUCUGAAAUGACACCUCCAACAUCAGAAGCGGUUCCUUUGAUUGGUGUAUUUUUCUCAUGUUGUAUGCUUGUUGUCAGUGCAUCGGUUGUUUUCACAAUUGUUGUUUUGAAUUUACAUUUUCGAAGUCCUGAUACACAUGAAAUGACUCCAGUUGUUCGACGAGUUCUUCUCGAACUUUUACCAUGGUUAUUAUGUAUGUCUAGACCUGGUUAUAAAUAUGUGAAAGCGAAUGUUAUUGACGAAAAAAUUGAGAUACCUAAAAAUCCGAAACUCACGUUCAAGUUAGUAAUAUAUUUACUCUGAAGAGGGAUAAUAUUUAUUACUUUCAGCCAAAAUCUCACCUCGAGUAAUUCUGGAUAUGAAGCAAAAAUAUUAUUACUGCAUUCGAUUCACAGUGAACUCAGAAAGGUAUGAAAAACAAAUUUUUGAAGAGAAAUUGAAAUCUACAGUACCCUUCAUUUUAAUUUCGAAUUUUUGGAUAAUCUAGAAAUAUACGUGGAAACAUGAAUUAAUUCGAAACUUAGCAUGGUCCAAAAAUAUGGAACUUUUUUUGAGAUCUAGGCGCAAGCUCUUUUCGCAGAUAUGUUAUCUCAAGAGUGCUAUUUCCUUUAUUUUGUUCAUUCCCUCUUCUUUAAUCUUGUUUUUUUCAGGUUGUGGCAUUUUACAAUAAAGAAGAAAAUGAUGAACAAAUUCAGACAGAUUGGAAAUUUGCAGCAAUGGUUGUUGAUCGAGCUUGUCUUUUAUUAUUUUCCGUUUUUAUUGUUAUUUCAAUUCUCGCAAUUAUAAUGUCUGCACCGCAUUUGAUUGCUUGA